UAUGGAGGAGCUGCACAGUUUGGACCCGCGCCGGCAGGAGUUGCUGGAGGCCAGAUUUCUGGGCGGAGUCAGUGGCAACACAGCGGGCAGCACUGGCAGCGCUAGCGGAGGAACUAAAACCUUGACAAACAACGAAUGCUCCAAUCACAGUUUUGGUAGCUUGGGCUCCUCCAGUGAUAAAGAGUCAGAGGGAUCAGAUGGGAAAAGAGGAAGUUCUCCUGCGUAUUCAACUCCUGAAAAGAAGCACUCUGAAUCAUCACGGGGCAGGAAGAGGAAAGCUGACAACCAAUCAGAGAGCAGUCAGGGGAAGUCUGUCAUUCGGGGACCCAAAAUUAGUGAUUAUUUUGAUUGUCAGGGUGGUAAUGGGUCCAGUCCAGUAAGAGGUCUUCCACCAGUCAUCCGUUCACCCCAGAACUCGCAUUCCCCCUCUGCACCGGGAUCCAGCACCCGGCAGAGCAGCUCGUCCCCCACUAGUCUGUGUUUUGUGGACUCUAUGAUUUCUACCAGACAGAUGGUGGUCAAGAGUGUUCAGACUGACCUGACUGUGGUAAAACUGGCCACUAUAGAGAGCAAUAAGAACCUGGACCUGGAGAAGAAAGAGGGCAGGAUAGACGAUCUUCUGCGGGCAAACUGUGAUCUUAGGAGACAAAUCGAUGAGCAGCAAAAGCUUCUAGAAAAGUACAAAGAACGUUUAAACAAGUGCAUCACCAUGAGCAAAAAACUUCUGAUUGAGAAGAGCACACAGGAGAAGCAGGCGUGUCGGGAGAAGAGCAUGCAGGAUCGACUGCGUUUGGGUCAUUUCACUUCUGUGAGACACGGAGCCUCGUUUACAGAGCAGUGGACAGACGGCAAUGCCUUCCAGAACCUCGUCAAACAGCAGGAAUGGAUCAUUCAACAACGUGAAGAAAUCGAGAGACAGAGGAAACUGUUAGCUAAGAGAAAACCCCCAUCAGCCAGCAGCUCACAGUCGCCCAGCACCAACUCUGAGCCCAAACCACGCAAGACCAAGGCUGUGAACGGCUCCGAGAACGACCCUUUCCUCAAACCCAGCCUUCCUCAGCUGCUAACUUUAGCGGAGUACCAUGAGCAGGAGGAGAUCUUCAAACUGAGACUCGGCCAUCUCAAAAAGGAGGAGGCAGAGAUUCAGGCAGAGCUGGAGAGGUUGGAGCGGGUGCGAAAUCUUCACAUCCGAGAGUUGAAAAGAAUAAACAAUGAAGACAGUUCACAGUAUGUACCCACGCUACGAUGACAUCAGCCUCUGAUCUUUUUCAUUUUCAUUUUAUUUUGUGUUGUUUGUACUGGACAUUGA